GAAAACUAUUAAAGACUCAUAACUUAUAAACGAAAAAAGGUUCAACUCUUAUACUCGUAGAACGCCUGCAUAUAUACAAAUAUACAUCUGCUUGAACCCACUCUCCGCACAAUUAAAAAUGCGUCGCAUCUACUCCACGAACAUACUCAAGGAACCAUCAUCCAAAGACGAAUUACAGCAAGAACGUAAACGAAGUCUAUGUCAGCCGAUCGCCGUCGAACGUCCAUCUGAGUUUCCACAAAUAAUCAUUGCACCGGAGACCUUAACUACCGGUCGCUACGAGAUCGAAACUGCACAGAAAUGGCUUAUAUUACCAGGUAAAAAUGGACGCCAGCACAAAUUUCCACUACAAACUAUAUUGCCGAAAGUGCAGAUGAUGCGCACAGUGCCACCGAAGCAUUUGCCACGCGAUGUUGAAGUCGAUCGGCGUCGACGGCAAUAUGGUAAACUCAAUUUGUUGGAAAUGUUGGAGGAUGCUGGCUUAAGUAAUGACGAUCUCAUGCCCACCGAAGAGGUUUAUUAUACGCUCUCGGACAAUGCAUGUAAGCACUUUUUGCCGCUGAGUUUCUUUGAUGACUCCGACUUCGAUACAAACUCACCGGCCGCAUGGUUGGCCUUGGCUAGGGUGGAAGAGAGUGACUACGCAUUGCCAGCCAAAGUAUAUCUACCAAACUCGCAAAGUCUAUUAGAUUACUCGUGGCAAUUUGCCGCAGUGACCGCUUACAAUAAUGAGACACGUAAAUGGACUGUGUUGGGAUUGAAUGACGAAUUCGAAUAUCAAGUGCCCACUAUACAGAUAAUGUUUCUCGCUGACGAUGCACAGGUGUUCGUGCAACGUCUCAAAAAAGCCGUACACGAACGCAACAUUGGCGAACGUCUCAUCCAAAUGGAAUCGAUUGUGGACUGUGUGUUGCUGCAGGAUUUGGAAGAUGACCGCUUUAUGCCAAACAAACGCAUCGAUAAAUUGCUGCAGAAGAUGAUCGGCAAAUGCAACGAACAUUUUCAACUUCAAAUGCGUACCGAGGUAUAUCUGGUAUUUGAACACUUAAUGGCCUGCUAUGAGUUUGAGAAAUUUGUCAAACUUAUGCCAAAUGAAUUUCCCACUUUUGGUGGUGAUCUCAUAGCGAAUUCCUUGCCACGUGCCUUUAAAUCUAUAGAGAAUAUUAAUGAGGCGAAGAGUGUUAAGAAUUACAAGAUUGAUAUAAAAAAAUUGCGCUACCUUCUAUUACGUGCGACAAUAUUCUACAUCGGUGCCGGCAUUGAAGCCAUGGGCAAUGUGGCUGAUCAGUGUCAAUAUGUCGAAACUUUGUCCAUUUUUUUGACUGGUUUCGUUAAACCGGUGUCACUUAAUGAUUUUCUACAAUCACAGCAAUCGAUUAGCAAUAAUGUUGCUACUUAUUUGAAGAAUUUUUGGCCACAAAAGAUUUCGGCGGGCAUAUCGUUGGUAUUGCGCGCGCUCGGCAAAGGUUGGCUGGACAUCAGUCUGAACAAAUGGAGUGUUUAUCAAAUGUGCAAGAUAUCACGAUUUAUAUUGCAAACAAAAUUUCGCAUGCAGGAGUCCAUGCAAGUACUGUUAGAGAAGUCCAUUAACGCUUUCACUACCUACUUGACCGAUCCUUGCUUGCAAUUCUUGCAUCUCAAACCGGACUAUAAGUGGACUAGUAAUUAUAUUGAGACCGAAUUUCCUUAUGCCAAACCGAUUUUCUAUCUAAUCAUCAGCAUAUCGGAGGCCAAAAAGGUGGUUUACACAACCACACCAGAAGACUUCGCCCCACAAUUGACGGACAUUUUCAAGAAAGCAUUGGAAAAGACAAGCGGAGUGCGUUGCAUUGAGGCAGAAACUUUACUGAAUCUCAAGUUUGCGCCUAAUCUUUAUAUCGAAACUGUUGAACUAAUUGAAGAUUUAUUCAUAAAACGGAAUGACCUAUUAGGCCGUUGUUAUACUCAGGGCGCGCUACCAUUGAACUCUUAUGCGCGCCUUUUUGAGCGUUUCAUCGAUUUCUACCUAUUAAAUGUGGCUGACUUCAUGCGAGAUUAUGAAUCUGUAAAGCAUUCCUCGUCCGAGGUGAAGCAUGAUAUUUUGGAGCACAAGCGCCAAAAAGAGGAAUUACGCGAAAUAUUACCGGCUUACAUUACGAUCGGUCCGUUUCUAAUAAAUGUCGACUUAAUGAAACAUUUGAUGAUUCGUAAACACAUUGAGAUCGUUAAGAAGCUAUUCGAAUACUAUAUACAACGUAUGUGGGACAUAAACGAAAAUCUGCUGGAACAGUGCUUAGAAAUACAUAAAAAAAUUACGGAUCGCCCGCAAAGUAUUGAACAUCUCUAUGAGAUACGCGAUUUUGCCGCCACCGUGCCAGAGGUGGUCGAACAGCUGCGUGCUGAUAUACAAAUAAUGUGGCUGGAAUAUGAAAUGUUGGACAGCUUCUUCUAUAAUCUCAGCGAUACGCAAUUCAGCAUGAAAUGGGAGGUCUACGCUUGGCCACAUAAUAUCACGUCUCGUCUAACUAACUUGCGGGAGGAGCAAAAGAUUGAUAUCGAGGAAUUUCGACGUGUACAUUCCAGUGAAUGCAUUAGUUUCGAAGAGCGCUUGGAAUCAUUAAACGAAGAGAUACAAGCAUUCUCGCUAAUAUUCGAUCCAAAUAAGGUGACAGAGACUGCUGUGGAGGUUAAAAAGACAUGGAAGCAAAUACAAGAAAUCGAGAAACUCGGCAAGACUCUGCAAUAUCGGCAGACACUUUUCGAUUUAGAGGAACUUUCACUGGAAUUUCUCGAAAGUAUUGUAACCGGUUUCACACCCUAUCGCCAAUUGUGGUUGACUUGCUUGGACUUUUUGAAGCUUGAAGAAGCGACCGUCGGUAAUCCGCUCGUUAAUAUUGACUUGGAUGAAGUCUGGGCUUCCAUUGAGGAUAUACGUAAAUCUUUGUGGGAAGCACAUGCGAUUUUCUCCGAGAAGCCCGAAAUUCAAGAAGUGGCUCAGUUUUAUUUGAUCAAAUGUGAUGAAUUUGUGCCGGUGUGGCAGUGCAUCAAGUGGUUGAAGAAUGAACAUUGGCUUUUCAUGCAUUGGCAAGAGCUAUCGAGCCGUGGUGGCAUGGAAAUUAAAUAUACUGCAGCUAUGAAUUUUGCAUACCUAAUGCGCAAAGGUAUAAUGGCGAAUUUGGAUUUGGUGAAUGAGAUAUCAUCGAAAGCCGAAGAGGAGGCAAAUGAGUAUAGAAGACAGUUGGAGGAAGAAGAACGACGCAAGGAGGAGGAAUUGCAAGAACUACUAAUGCGAAAGGCCUUACGAAAGUGUCGAAGGGAUAUACUAAUUGAUGAGCCUUUAACUAACAAGAGUCAAGUUGAAUAAAAAGCUUUAAAUCAAUUUUUUUAUUUCGCAAUUUUAGAAAAAAAAAAUAUUUAUGUUGACAUUUUA